AUGGAAUUUUGGGGUUUGUCUGUAGUUGUGGGGUUUUUAGGUAUUAAAUAUGGAAAAUAGUGAAAUGAAGUGGGUGCUGAAGAAUUUUUUAAGGUUUUGGAUAUUAAUUUUGUUUUUAAGGUUAUUUUUUGAGGUUUUUUUUGUUUUUUAGGUAACAAUUAUAACAUGUUUAGUUGAAACGUGUGUUUCUGGAUUGUUGGAAAAUUUAUGUGUUGACAAUGGCUUACGCGAAUGUUUUUCUUGAUCUUUUACAUCGUGAACUUUUGCGCUUCGUGUUUUAUGUCACUUUGAUCUUAAGGUGUGACAUUUUAUUAUUUCAGCCUCGAGAAUGUACUGUCAACGCCUCGCCGUCCCAGUCACCCGCGCCGUCGUUGCCCGUGGUCCAUUGGCCUUGAGAGCCGAGAACGCCUUGGCCUCUCGCUGCCUUUCCUUGAGCGCACAACGCAAGGAUAUUGACUCCGCCGCCAAGUACAUUGGAGCUGGAGCCGCCACCGUCGGAGUCGCUGGAUCUGGAGCUGGUAUUGGAAACGUGUUCGGUGCCUUGGUCAUUGGUUACGCCAGAAACCCAUCCCUCAAGCAACAGCUCUUCUCAUACGCCAUUCUUGGCUUCGCCUUGUCUGAGGCUAUGGGUUUGUUCUGUUUGACCAUGGGCUUCAUGAUCCUCUUCGCCCUCUAA